AUGAUGAGCAUGUUUCUCAUGGCAGCUACGAUUUCUUAUGCAGUGUCACCUCAGGUUGAUUCCGGAGACCAGCCGAAGCCCAAAGCAGAUACAGGCGGAUCAAUCGCUGGAAUUAUCUUCAUCUAUCUUUUCGCCGCGGCGUACAGUCCUGGUCUUGGACCAAUUCCAUUCACUCUGGCAUCAGAAAGUUUCCCACUGAAGAACAGAGAGGCGGGUGCAUCUGUCGCAAUUUCCAUCAACCUCUUCUUCGCUGGCCUCUUGACUAUUCUCCUGCCUCGAAUCAACGCCGUGUUCGAAAUGGCUGGCACACUCGGUUUCUUCGCAGGUCUCAACAUCGUGGCAUUCGUGCUCAUCUUUUUCUUUGUUGAAGAGACGAAACAGCUCACACUCGAAGAAUUAGAUACAGUGUUCAACAAUUCAAAGAGUCGAUUCGCGCAUUAUCAGCUGACCAAGCGGCUUCCGUUCCUGUCCAAGAGGUAUCUGCUCUGGAAUAAGUAUGCCGAGAGACCACUAGCUUAUGAUGAGUGGGCAGUGGAGGAUGGACAGCGAGGGUGA